CACUCAUUCCCUCCAAUCAUUUUCCUCUGUUUUACUCUCUCUCUCUCUCUCUCUCUCUCUGAUUUUCUUGCAGUUUUUCUUUUUCUCUGGUUUCCCGGCGAGGGAGAAGGAAGUAGAGUAGUAGAAGAAACAUAUUUCUCUGCUUCUACGAAACUCUCUCUCUCUGUCUCUGUCUCUGUGUUUUGAUUUUCUUUGAUCAGAGACAAAGCGUUCUUUUUCUCUCUCCCAAAUAGUGCACUCAUCUUCAAUAAUGGCCUAUCUUUAACCACUAUCUCUCUCUCUCUCUGUUUAUUCUCUCUUUAUUAGCUAUUUCUCUCUCUGUAUGCUUCUGAAUUCCGCAGCAGAAAUUGACCAGAUGGAUCAAUAUCUGAAGUAUUCUACAUCGGGUCAUUCUGAAGGUCAAUUCAAGAUUCCAUCAGUUGAUAUUCCUGCAAAAUUGGGAACUAGUGCGUGGGGGAUCCCACGUGGAAUUAGUGCAUAUCAUACAUCAAAUGAUGUGAGCUUGUUUUCUAGCUCAUUGCCUGUCCUUCCCCAUGAAAAGUGUAUGUUGAAUUUUACUGAUUCAGAACUUGGUGGUGAUUCAGAACUUGGUGGUCAAUCUGUUGACGAUAACUUGUCUAAAUUAAAUAAACUUGGCCAAGAUAAUGAGUGUAAGGAUCCACUCGAAGAUGUUGAGGCAAAUGCAAUAGGAAGCGUGCUACCUGAUGAUGAAGAUGAGCUUUUAGCUGGCAUAAUGGAUGAUUUUGACCUUAGUGGUUUGCCUAGUCAGCUGGAGGAUUUGGAAGAUGAUCUUUUUGGCAGUGGAGGGGGUAUGGAAUUGGAAUUUGAGCCCCAAGAGCACCUCAGUAUUGGCAUGUCAAAGGUGAGCAUAUCUGAUGGUGUUGCUUCGAAUGGGAUCGGUCAAUAUACACUUACAAAUGGUGUGGGAGCAACGGCUGGGGAACAUCCCUAUGGGGAGCAUCCAUCAAGGACAUUGUUUGUCAGGAAUAUCAAUAGUAAUGUUGAGGACUCUGAAUUAAAAUCUCUCUUUGAGCAAUAUGGGGAUAUCAGAACUUUAUACACCGCAUGUAAGCACAGGGGCUUUGUGAUGAUAUCAUACUAUGAUAUCCGAGAUGCUCGUACUGCAAUGCGUGCAUUACAAAAUAAGCCCUUGAGACGAAGAAAACUUGACAUUCAUUUUUCAAUUCCCAAGGAUAACCCAUCAGAAAAGGAUAUUAACCAAGGAACUCUUGUGGUGUUCAAUUUGGAUCCAUCAGUAUCAAAUGAUGACCUUCGUCAAAUAUUUGGGGCUUAUGGGGAGGUCAAAGAGAUCAGGGAAACACCACACAAGAGACACCAUAAAUUCAUAGAAUUUUAUGAUGUUAGAGGUGCAGAGGCAGCUCUUAGAGCAUUAAAUAGGAGCGACAUAGCUGGGAAACGCAUAAAGCUUGAACCUAGCCGCCCUGGUGGAGCACGUCGAAACUUGAUGCAACAACUAAGUCAAGAGUUGGAACAAGAUGAAAUCCGAAGCUUCCGACAUCACGUGGGUUCACCAGUGACCAACUCUCCUCCAGGUAACUGGCCACAAUUUGGUAGCCCAGGUGAUCAUAAUCCUUUGCAUGCUUUUAGUAAGUCCCCAGGUCCAGGAAAUCUGAGUCCCGUAAGCAGCAACCAUUUGCCUGGAUUGGCUUCAAUUCUCCAACAUCAUGUAUCUAACUCUGCAAAACUUGCACCAAUUGGUAAGGACACUGGAAGGGCUAACCAUGUGACCCAGAUGUUUCCUGACACCGGAUUGACGCAAGGAGCAGCCUAUCAACAUUCCCGUUCCUUUUCUGAGCAGAAGUUCAGCACAAGUCCGGGACCGUUGUCUCCAUUUGGUGAAUCAAAUCCGAAUUCAUCUGGCAUUGGAACAUUAUCUGGUCCUCAGUUUCUCUGGGGAAGUCCAGGUCCUUACUCUGAGCAUUCCAAUUCUUCUGCCUGGCAAACAUCAUCUGUGGGGCACCCAUUUGCAUCCAGUGGACAGGGUCAGGGUUUUCCGUACACUAGUAGGCAAGGUUCUUUUAUUGGUUCACGUAACCAACAUCAUGUUGGAUCUGCCCCAUCCGGUGUUCCUCUUGAUAGGCAGUUUGGCUUCUUCCCGGAGUCACCAGACACAUCCUUCAUGAAUCCAGUUGCAUUUGCAGGUGUGGGUUUAAGUCACAACAAUGUGAUGAACAUUGGUGCCCAUGCAGCUAUGAGUGCUGGUGUAGGUCUUUCAGGAAACGUGACCGAAAAUAGUUCGCCUGGUUUCAGAAUGAUGUCAUUCCCAAGGCAUGGUCCCGUGUUCCUUGGCAAUGGUUCUUAUACAGGAUUUGGAGCAACCAGCAAUGAGGGGUUAGGUGAACGUGGUCGAAGUCGGCGAGUUGAGAAUGGCGGGAACCAGACAGAUAGCAAGAAGCAGUACCAGCUUGAUUUGGAAAAAAUUAUCAAUGGGGAAGAUACUAGGACUACUUUAAUGAUUAAAAACAUCCCUAAUAAGUACACUUCAAAGAUGCUGCUUGCUGCUAUUGAUGAAAAUCACCGCGGUGCUUAUGAUUUUCUCUACUUGCCAAUUGAUUUUAAGAAUAAGUGCAAUGUGGGUUAUGCCUUCAUCAAUAUGGUUUCUCCUUCACACAUUAUCCCCUUCUAUGAGGCAUUUCACGGAAAGAAGUGGGAGAAGUUCAAUAGUGAAAAAGUGGCUUCACUUGCAUAUGCACGAAUCCAGGGCAAGGCCGCCCUUGUGACUCACUUUCAGAAUUCAAGCUUAAUGAAUGAAGAUAAGCGAUGUCGGCCAAUUGUUUUCCACUCGGAGGGUCAAGAGACUGGUGAUCAGGAACCUUUCCUUUCCAACAAUUUAAACAUAUGUAUUCGUCAACCAGAUGGGUCUUACUUGGGAGAUUCAUUGGAUAGCCCAAAGGGAAAUCUGGAUGAGAAGCCGGAGAGAAAUUAAAAAUGUAUGGCAUCUUACUCGUAGCCUUAAACAGUGGGGGCUAAUAGUUGCUAACUGUUGUAGGUAAAGUGUAUAAAGUCCAAAGAGGACCAAGUAACGGGCGUAUAAUUGCUCGAAUUAUCGGCAGUCUCCAUUGAUGGGGGGGUACUGGUGAAAAUUUCACGAGGAAGUAUUGAAGGAAGAGGCGGAGAGCAUUUUGUUUAUAUGUAGAGCUACAAAAUGUUAAUCAACCAGGGGUGGGGGAGAGGUGGGGAAGAAUAAUGUGAAGCAUAUUGCUGAAUUGUGUAGUCUUGUGCAGCCAUAUGCCGGUUUCUGCAGUAUCUCAGUUUUUGAUCUGGGUGGGUCUUUCAACUACAUUUGCAAAUAUGAUUUACCUGUUGAUGUGUAAAUGUCUUUCUGGUUUUUAUGGGCUGUAAAAAAAAAAAAAAAAAAAAAAAGAUUGUACAGAAGGAAGACAGACAGACAGAACCAUCGUGUUCUCUUGUGACUUUGUAGUAAAAUGUGUAUAUAUGCUAUGGUUGUACAGAUGUUCUAUUACUCUGCCUGGGGCAGUUUUAUAUCUUCAAAGGUGCUUUAUUAUGCUCUGCCA